CGACUCUUUUAUACCGAUCUAAAGCCCUUUUGGUCUUUUAAUUAAAGCAAUUAAAGCCCAUAAGAAAAAUCAACAAAAAUGCCUGGUGUCGAAGAUUGGAUGAACUGUCCCUUGACAAUCAUUCAACAUUUGUUUGAACAAAGUAAUGGUGGUUUUUCAUCUGAUCCAGUCAAAGAAUAUUUCUCGAAAAGACUACAGAGUGAAGAGGCCAGAUCAUGGGUUCCAUCAUUAAAUGAUGUUGCUCUCCACAAUCUUAAACCUAAUACAAUAGUAAAAUAUCGGUGUAUGAUACAGGACAUGUUUGAUCCUGAGUUAUAUUUAGGUGUAUAUGAAAUCAGUGAUCUAUCUAGUGGAGAAGAUAAGCUGGUGUGUGGUAAAUAUAAAGAUAUUGCCGAAUGCUCUCCUCAACAAGUUAUUAAUACAGACUCUAGAAGAAAUCAACCAAUGGAUAGACAGACAUUUUACUGUGUCCCUAUACCUGGUGAAUCAGACUGGGUCAAACUAGGUCAUACCAAACAGAACAAAUAUGAUAAAGAUACAGCAUCUACUCGAUCCAGACUAAAACGACCCUUGGAUGAUGUAGAUGAUGAGAUGGGAGGAGAGAAGCAUGCUAAUAUUAAUGGUGAUGAUGCUAAUCCUAUGAAUGGAGAUUCUGAUAAUGGUCCUGUCAACGGUAGUAAUGGUAUUAAUGGUAAUCAAGCCAAUCCAGUAAAUGGUAAUGUAAGAUGUAAACAACCAGAUUUAAACCAUCCAUUACCUGGUGAAACAGGACUUACCUGUCUUGUUAAGAUUUAUGAUGAAAUUGAUACAUUUAAAGUGAAUGAUUGUGUAGAAUUUAUUGGUAUUUUAUCUGUUGAUCCAGCCAUGGCACAAUUUGAAAAUUCAAACAGUGAAGAAAGUUUAGUACCAGAAUUUGAAACACCAGAAGAAAGACAAGUUCAUUCCCCACCCCCAUCAUUGGUGCCACGCCUACAUGUUUUAUUACAUACCAAAUUACAGCAUACUAAUCCUCUAGUACUAUCAGAUACCAAACAUAUAGAAUUUACUAUCAAAUUAAACCAAGUAAAGACAGAAGUGAGUAAAAUAAGAGAAGAGUUAUUAUCUACUUUGGAACAUAUUUUACUGGGUGAUAAACUAGCUGCUGAAUUCUUCCUCUUACAUCUUAUAUCUAGAGUGUAUGGUAGAGCUGAUGUUAUGCCAUUAGGUAAAUUAACUUUAAAUAUCAGUGGUUGUCCUAACUCUAGAUAUUAUGGUGGAUUAAUAAACAGAUUUAUAUCAGCUUUAGUCACUAAGUGUCAUCUAUUACCAUUGACUAUUAACAAUAUGAAUAGUAUGAAGUUAAUACCUAAGAAAGAUCUAAAAGCUAAUAGACUAGAGAGUGGUAUAUUACAGUUGUCUGAUAAUACACAUCUUGUUAUAGAUGAAACAGUUCUUGAAGCUGGUCAACUUAAUCCUCAAGGAGUAAAGAAUAUAACAGCUCUUGGAAAUUUAAUAACAUGGCAGAAAGUAGAAUAUGAUUUUACCUUUCAUUCACAACAGUUUCAAACCAAUGUUAAUGUUUUAAUUUUAUCAGAGGGCAAGUCUUUAUUACCAAGUGACUUCCAAAUACCUUUAGAGAAAAAAGCUUCACCAGAAGACAUUCAGAAGCAUUUUGAAGAAUUAGACAGUAAACUAAAUGAAGAAUGGUUAAACACAUUGAGAACAUAUAUUACUUUAACACAGUUGAUAGACUAUACUGUCUCUGAAGACUUACAAACAAUAAUUCAAGAUGACUUUGUUAAUUCAAGAAAAGAUAGUCCUAAAGCAAUGUCUAUUGAAGAUUUUCAUUCCUUAUUAAAUUUAUUAAGACUACAAGCUGUAAGUCAGUGUCAGACCAGUCCCACGCCAGACAUGUGGAAUAAGGUCAAGGCUAUGGAAGAAGAGAGGAAAUCAAGAUUAACUUCAACAGCUAAUACAACUAGUGCUACCAGUUAAACAAGUUUUAUUCACUUAAAAUUCACAUUGUAUAUCAGUUGAGGCUGCAGACUUAAUUUACAAUAGUCAGAUCAAUUGGUUGGUCUGAUAGAAAAUACUUGAUCUACUUUAAAAAUAUCCUGUUUAAUCAUUGACUUAAUCACUUGAUACACCAGUAUAUAUGUAUAUGACACUUGAGAUAAUAAAAGCCUUCAAAUAUAUUAAAGAUUGCAGUGUGAAGUGGUUAAAGGAAGACAGUCUUACUAUGUCUUCAAAAUCUCAUUUUGUCCAAUCUUGUCUCACUGAAUUUUUGUGACUCACCGUCAGGACUACUGGUUCAAUUCAUUUACUUGUACAUAUGGUCAAUUUGUAUAUGACCCAUUCGUAUCAUUUACAACAUCUUGUAUAUAGUCAAUCUGAUCUGUUAUAUACUGUUCUAAUUUAAUAUAUCUGUAUGAAAUAUGUUAUAAACAAUAGUUAUUG